ACUCUACCUGCUGAUCAAACGCGCGCUUUCUCCUCAGGUGCGCGAGGGGCUCAGACUCACACGGACCGAUGAUGUUCCCUCAGUCCAAAUUGUAAGGAAAGCCGCUUCUCUGCGUCAGUUUGGUGGGCUAUACUGUACGUGUGACGACUGAGACCCAGAUUUUGGAGUCAUUUGAAGACUUAACUCAAACUCCCGAGGAGCUGCAAUGGCAUCGAUCGGGGAGUUUGAUCCGUUAAACAGCAGCGUACCUGCGACCAAAAUAGAGAUCACCGUCUCGUGCAGGAAUUUGCUGGAUGCUGAUACCUUCUCAAGGUCAGCACCAGUGGUUGUGUUGUAUGUUCAAGGAAUUGGUACUAAGGAGUGGAGAGAGUUUGGUCGAACAGAAGUGAUUGACAACACUCUGAACCCGGACUUUGUGAGGAAGUUUGUCUUGGAUUACUUCUUUGAAGAAAAGCAGAACCUUCGGUUUGAUGUAUACAAUGUGGACUCCAGAAGCUCAAACAUCUCAAAACAUAAGUCCUUCCUCGGCCAGACUUUCUGCACUCUAGGAGAGAUUAUUGGGUCCUCUGGGUCAAGACUCGAGCGGGUGCUUUCGGGGAUUCCUGGGAAGAAAUGUGGGAGCAUUAUCUUCACAGAUGAGGAACUCAGCAAUUGUCGGGACAUUGCAACCAUGCAACUCUGUGCUAACAAGUUGGAUAAAAAGGAUUUCUUUGGGAAGUCUGAUCCCUUCCUGGUGUUUUACCGCAGCAAUGAAGAUGGCACGUUCACUAUCUGUCACAAAACAGAAGUGAUAAAGAAUACUUUGAACCCUGUGUGGCAGCCCUUCACCAUCCCAGUGCGAGCUCUCUGUAACGGAGACUAUGACAGAACAGUGAAGGUUGAUGUUUAUGACUGGGACAGAGAUGGAAGUCAUGACUUCAUCGGAGAGUUUACGACCAGCUACAGAGAGCUGUCUCGCGGACAGAGCCAAUUCAAUGUUUAUGAGGUUCUGAAUCCCAAGAAGAAAGGCAGGAAAAAGAAAUACGUCAACUCUGGCACGGUAACACUUUUGUCCUUCAAAGUGGAAUCGGAGUACACAUUUGUGGACUUCAUUCGAGGAGGAACCCAGCUGAACUUCACUGUAGCCAUAGACUUCACCGCCUCUAAUGGAAACCCAUCACAGCCGACAUCGCUCCACUACAUGAACCCGUAUCAGCUGAAUGCGUAUGCCAUGGCCCUUAAAGCCGUGGGGGAAAUCGUCCAGGAUUAUGACAGUGACAAACUCUUCCCUGCCUAUGGCUUUGGAGCUAAACUUCCUCCUGAUGGCAAGAUCUCUCAUGCUUUUCCCCUGAACUCCGACUGUGAGAAUGCAAACUGCGUCGGCAUCGAAGGCGUGCUGGAGGCUUACUAUGACUGUCUCCGGAAAGUGCAGCUCUACGGCCCCACCAACUUUGCUCCUGUCAUCAACCAGGUGGCACAGUGUGCGUCAGAGGUGACAGAUGGCUCUCAAUACUUCGUGCUGUUGAUCAUCACAGACGGUGUCAUUUCCGACAUGGUACAGACUAGAGAAGCUGUGGUCACCGCGGCGUCUCUGCCCAUGUCAGUCAUAAUUGUAGGAGUUGGCCCGGCUGAAUUUGAUGCAAUGGAAGAGUUGGAUGGAGAUGAGGUCAGGGUGUCCUCCAGGGGACGUGCUGCUGAGAGAGACAUUGUCCAGUUUGUGCCAUUCCGGGACUACAUCGACCGAUCCGGGAACCAGGUGCUCAGCAUGGCCCGACUGGCCAAGGACGUACUGGCUGAGAUACCCGACCAGCUGCUGUCGUUCAUGAAGAGCAGAGGCAUUGAACCCAGACCAGCCCUCUCCCCCUCCCCCUCUCCCACACCACAGAUAAAUGUCCACCUCUGAUCCCAGAGCAGUAUUUUACUCUAAAACACAGCUAUAUGUUCACAUCUGAAACCCCCGGCUCCAUCACUGGGGAUGCACCUUUUUACUUUCCGCAUCGGUUAGCAGUAGCACAUAAUGUAGUUACAAUAAUAAUCAACUGAAAUCAGGAACACGUUAAUGUAAGUGUGUGGUGUUAAUCUUUAUAACCAGCCAGUGAUCAAAAACACAACAGUUUGUGUUGACUUUGGGAGUAUAAAGGGGCUGAAUUUACUGGAAAGAAAUGUCUAGGUCAUAUUUCCCCCCAAAAUCUAAAGGUGAGAAAAGCAAUAAAAUAAAAUUGUACAUAAAAUACAAUUUACAUGAAUUCAAAUGAACCCCAUAUACAGUUCAUCAACCUAAAAUUAUUUAAC